AGCGUAAGACUUCCAAUUCCAGAUAAACCAGUUCCUAUCGCCGGUCCUUCAGAUGGUUCGUUCGACAAUGCGCGUCGCUAUUAUACUCAUUUUUCUACUAUUUUCAUGUGUACCGUAUCAUUAAACGUUGAGGACAGUUUGAAAAGUGCACAUUUGCGGUUAUCGUCGCUUUUUAUUAUUGUUAUUAUCUUCGCGCAGAAGGUUUUUGUUUAGUUUCGAUAAAACCGCGUAUAAUUAUCGUCCGUUAUUUUUAUUAUCCAUUAUUUUGUCAUUGUUUACUAUCACGGUCGUUCGUUUCUAUGCUAUUUAAUUAUCAUGUUAACUACCGACUUGAAUCCGAGCCGUGUCACCGGUCAUUUUUACGGUUCUCAUCAGUUGAAUUUAGCCAAAUCGGUUCCAGAUUUACAAAACUCGCUAAGCGGUAAAUCUUGCAAUGAUGGAUGGCCCGCCGAACAGGAAAUCAUGGAACAUCCCGGCUUACGAGGCACACCACUGGCAAUGUUGGCUGCUCAAUGUAACAAGCUAUCAAACAAAUCGCCUCCACCAUUGGCCGAUGCAGCAGUCGGUAAAGGAUUUCACCCUUGGAAGAAAAGUCCUCAAGGCAACAACGGUGGCAUGAUGGAUGACGCCAACACCUCUCCGCUGUCCAGCAGUAGCCAGCGAGUAUCAUCGGCCAACGCAACCAGCAUGUCAAACGUGAGCUACUCCAGUCGUCCUGUGAUGAACGCAACCUGCGCCACGACACCAGUCUACAGCUCCGCUAGCGAUUUUUAUUUUUCCGGCGCUGCAACGCCGACAACGGCAGAUAACAACAGCGUCCAUGGCCAGUCCGGCUUCCUAGGUAAAAUGGAAAGCACCGGUACCCACCAUUCUCUGACUCCAGUCUAUGGCAGGCAUCCUUACGAGUCAUGGCCUUUCAACACGAUGACUGGUGCUACUCAUCAUACCACAAUCAAGAGUGAUCCGGUUAACCCAACUGGUUGGUGGGAUGUUCACAGUGCCGCAGCUACCGGAAGCUGGUUAGAUAUGAGUGGGGGUAUGCAUGCUCAAAUGGCAGCAGCCAAUUACGCCGCUUCUUCCGAUUACUCGCUGAGUCACACUUUGGCCGCCACCAAUCCGGCCCAUCAUCUUCUAUCAUCCGGCCAGCACCUGCUGCAGGAUACGUAUAAGACGAUGAUCCCAGGCGCUCAGAGCUCAUUCAGUUUGAGUCAUCAUCCGGUCGCAUCUACCCCUCCAGUAUCGACGCCUUCGGCUACACAAGUGCCAUCACCUCGUUCUCAACGACGUUACACAGGUCGCGCCACCUGCGAUUGCCCCAAUUGCCAAGAAGCCGAACGAUUAGGUCCGGCUGGCGUGCAUUUACGUAAGAAAAACAUACACAGUUGUCACAUACCUGGUUGUGGUAAAGUGUAUGGCAAAACUUCGCAUUUGAAAGCCCACCUCAGAUGGCAUACAGGCGAAAGACCAUUCGUCUGCAAUUGGCUAUUCUGUGGUAAACGUUUCACCCGAUCCGAUGAGCUGCAAAGACACCUACGAACGCAUACUGGCGAGAAGAGAUUCGCGUGCCCGAUUUGCAACAAGCGAUUCAUGAGAUCUGACCAUCUGGCCAAGCACGUGAAAACGCACAACGGAAACAGCAGCAAGAAAGGAAGCUCGGAGUCAUGUUCCGAUUCUGAAGAAAAUAGUCAGUCCGAGUUAGGUGGCAAUGUCAAUUCGCCCGCUUCGAUGGAUCCGACGCCGCCACCACAUCUUGAGAUCGACGUUAAACCGCAACCUCCGGGCAUCGUUUGAGCCAGGUGGGGUCCGACGCUGUUGUAUCCAAAUCACUAAUGAUAUCGCCAGCCGCGUCUGACCCCCGAAUUCCUGUGCCAUUGCUCUGCGGGGAUUACUGUUUAUCUGUGAUCUUAUAUAAUCAUUUUAUUAUUAUUUUUUCUUUUUCUUUUUUUUUGUAAUAAUGUAAAAAAAAAGUAUUUUCUUCUUUGUUGUUUUUAAACUAAUCGUUAAUUUUUCUCUUUUUUCCCCCUCCUUGUGUACCUCCUUCUAUACCUAUUGAUUGAUUGAUUCGAUUGUUCAAAUAUGUAUUUUUUUUGUUGUUCUUCAAUGUGCUUUGCUUUUUUAAAUUAUACCUAAUUCCCCCCCUCCCCCCAAUUUUUUCUUCAUUUUAUACAAACUUUUGAAAAUAGUUCUUCCAUCGAUUAAGGUGUACUUUUCGAAUGAACUAUUUUUUUUUCGCACCUUGAAAUUUUUUUCUUUGUUUUUUUUUCUCGCCCCAAUAUUUUAAAGCUCGAUAUUAUGGUCUUUUUUUAAAAUGUACUUAUGUAUGUAUGUACCUACGAUUGUUGUUCAACAAAUUUAACGAAGUUUUUAAUCCAUUCGUGUAGUACCAUUCGUGUUUAUGUUUAGUUACGUUGUAUCAAAAUCAUUGUAAAUAAUGUAAAUUCAUGGAAAAAAUUAAUUUAAAUUUUUAAAUUAUUAUUUUUUUUUUAAUAAUUUAUAAAUUACCAAAUUAUUUUGUUUAUUAUUAGCAAAUUACGUGUAAAAUACUCGUAUUUAACGUACAAAAUACAAUUAUAAAAAAAUUA